CUCCCAUCCCGCAACAACAAUAGUGCCCUGGUUCCCCGCCACGCUUCUCGACGCCGCUCGUCUCCUUCGGUUUUCGCCUUCUUUUCAUCUCCUCGCGUGUUUCUGCUCUUCUCUGAUCUCUCUUCCCAACUCCUUCUUGACCGUUGUCGCUCUCGCUCGUGCAACACAAACCGCAAUGGCGGCCGAGAAGCUCGUCACCUCCGUGGACUUCGAGGACGACACGAUCACCGCCACCGUCACGUCCUCCGGCGACGCCGUCAAGGCCUGGCUCCGCCAGAUCCGCUACGUCUACCGCUGGGUCUACCACAAGCUCAUCGUGGGGCUGGACGUCGAGUGGCGCCCCAGCUACGGCCGCGCGCAGAACCCCGUCGCGCUCCUGCAGCUCUGCGUCGGCCGCCGCUGCCUCGUCUUCCAGCUCCUCCACGCCGACUUCGUCCCGCCGGCCCUCCACCGCUUCCUCGCCAACCCGGACUUCCGAUUCGUCGGCGUCGGCGUGCAGGACGACGGCGGCCGCCUCAGCGACGACUACGGCCUCGAGGUCGCCAACGCCGUCGACCUGCGCGACCUCGCGGCCGACGAGAUGCGCAGGCCGUGGCUCCGCCAGGCCGGGCUCAAGGACGUCGCGGGCGUCGUCAUGGGGGCCAACCUCCAAAAGCCGCGUAGGGUCACGAUGGGGCCGUGGGACGCCUGCCGCCUCUCCCAAGAGCAGAUCCAGUACGCCUGCAUCGACGCCUUCGUCUCCUUCGAGGUCGGCCGGAAGCUCCUCACAGGCGACUACUCCUCCGACGAAGAGGAGAACUACUGAGACCGGAAUAGCGGUGGCAUAAAAGCUCAUGCGAGGAGAAAAACAUGACCAGGAUAUUUGCAUAGCCCGCCCCAAGCCUGUCACAUGCAGCAAGAUUGUUAUGCAAAUUCAAAAUGGUAUUUAGUUCAUUGUUUCAGGCCUGAAGCGAACCUGCAGUAUGUAUAAUGCUUAUCCUCCCAAUGCUUCUUAUCUGAACCAGCAAUCAUUGGGCACUUAACAAUUAACAACUGAAACAGAUGCAGGUAUUUAGUCUCCCAUCCCAUAAAUCCGUAUACCUAAUGUACAAAAUGAACAAAGGUAAAGAAGAGAAAAGUACAAGAGAUACAUGGAGGAACAGAGAUCACCUCACAAACAGACCACCUCAAGACAAACUCUAAAAAUAGUUUGUGAGGUGGAGUGCUCUGAGAGAAGGU